AUGCUGGCGGCGGGCGGCGAGGACGAGGGCGUGACGCUGCAGCGCUCCAUCACGCUGCUCAACGGGGUGGCCAUCAUCGUGGGCACCAUCAUCGGCUCGGGCAUCUUCGUGACCCCCACCGGCGUGCUCAAGGAGGCGGGCUCGCCCGGGCUGUCGCUGGUGAUCUGGGCCGCGUGCGGGGUCUUCUCCAUCGUGGGCGCGCUCUGCUACGCCGAGCUGGGGACCACCAUCUCCAAGUCCGGGGGCGACUACGCCUACAUGCUGGAGGUCUACGGCUCGCUGCCCGCCUUCCUCAAGCUCUGGAUCGAGCUGCUCAUCAUCCGACCCUCCUCGCAGUACAUCGUGGCGCUGGUCUUCGCCACCUACCUGCUCAAGCCCGUCUUCCCCACCUGCCCGGUGCCCGACGAGGCCGCCAAGCUGGUGGCCUGCCUCUGCGUGUUGCUGCUCACGGCGGUGAACUGCUACAGUGUGAAGGCGGCCACCCGUGUCCAGGACGCCUUCGCGGCCGCCAAGCUACUGGCACUGGCCCUCAUCAUCCUGCUGGGCUUCGUGCAGCUUGGGAGGGGUGAUGUGUCGAACCUGGACCCCAAGUCUUCCUUCGAAGGCACCAACCUCGACGUUGGGAACAUCGUCCUGGCCCUGUACAGCGGCCUCUUUGCCUACGGGGGAUGGAACUACUUGAAUUUUGUCACGGAAGAGAUGAUAAACCCCUACAGGAACCUGCCCCUGGCCAUCAUCAUCUCCCUGCCCAUCGUCACCCUGGUGUACGUGCUCACGAACCUGGCCUACUUCACCACGCUGUCCACCGAGCAGAUGCUGGCCUCCGAGGCCGUGGCCGUGGACUUCGGCAACUACCACCUGGGUGUGAUGUCCUGGAUCAUCCCCGUCUUCGUGGGCCUGUCCUGCUUCGGCUCCGUCAACGGGUCGCUCUUCACGUCCUCCAGGCUCUUCUUUGUGGGGUCCAGGGAGGGCCACUUGCCCUCCGUCCUCUCCAUGAUCCACCCGAGACUCCUGACCCCGAUGCCAUCACUGGUGUUCACGUGCGCCAUGACCCUGCUCUACGCCUUUUCCAACGACAUCUUCUCCGUCAUCAACUUCUUCAGCUUCUUCAACUGGCUCUGCGUGGCUCUGGCCAUCAUCGGCAUGAUGUGGCUGCGGCACAAGAAGCCGGAGCUGGAGCGGCCCAUCAAGGUGAACCUGGCCCUGCCCGUUUUCUUCACCCUGGCCUGCCUCUUCCUCAUCGCUGUCUCCUUCUGGAAGACCCCCGUGGAGUGUGGCAUCGGCUUUGCCAUCAUCCUUAGCGGCCUCCCCGUCUACUUCCUCGGGGUCUCCUGGAAGAACAAGCCCAAGUGGCUGCUGCGGGGCAUCUACUCCACCACGGUCUUCUGUCAGAAGCUCAUGGAGGUGGUCCCCCAGGAGACAUAGCUGCUGGGAGGUGACCCCACACACGUCACCCUGGACCCCUCGCCCCUCAAGCAACACGCCCCAACACCCCGACAGCGUGGCCGAGCACCCCCACGAGCCAGCUCGGACACUGAAGAACCGGUACAAAGGGGAGCCAGGCGCAGGGUGCCUGGCCAAGGAGUGGCCAGGCCUGGCUCCAACCGGGGGACCCGAGGACCGCUCCCCACCCUCCCCACGUUCCUGGUGACUUUCCUUUCUCUCCCUGCCGGGUCAGAUGAUAGUGUUCUAGAGAAGUGGAUGAGGGAAAGGUGGCGGAGGACCCCCCCACUUCUAGGGGAGGCCCUGCUUCUGCCUCCAAGGCCCCAGAGCAGAGGAUUCUGAACCCACACUCCAGUCACAGAACAUUCCAGAACUACUGAGACCCUUCCUCAUUCAUCAGACCUGCACUGACACUGAGAUGGCAGCUACCACCACCCCACCCCCCCAGCCCUGGGGCUCAGCAUAGGCACUCCCUCUCGUCUGUCACGGCCAGUGUCCGACUCCCAGGGACCUGUCCCUGCAGACCAGCCCGUCCCAGAGAGAGGCCCCCGGGCAGUGAGAGCUCUCCACCCCACCCCAACCCUGCUCCAGGCGCUGGCCUAUGGAAGUCCUAUCAGGUGUGGCCAGGAACCGUGCCCAUGGGGGCGGGUUUACCUGCUGCCCCCGCUGGGGGCCCCUGCAUUCUGAGCUGGGCACGCCCAGAGCUGGACUGAAGGCGGGGCCCAACAGAACCAAGUCUGGAGCGGCCCUGCCGCAAGGACCCACCCUGGGGGCCUGCGCCGCUCAGACCAGGCCCUGCUCUGGAGACCUGAUGGCCACGGGCAGGCAGGGCUGGCAGGCCGCUGUGUGACCGUGACCGGGACCCCAGUGGGCAGCUCAGCUGGGCCUGUGGUGGGACAGACUUCGGGGGGAGGGGCGGGGGAAUACCUGCCAACCACACACCCAGACCCCACUCUGAACAGUUGACCUGCUGAUGGCAGAACUGGGGGUGGCGGAGGGGGCCGGCCAGGGGGCCAGAGGACUGGGAACCAAGCCUCUGCCCAGCCUGUCCACCAGGUUUCCAUCUGAGCCCACACGACUGGUGGCCGGCUGGCCCAGGUCCCCUUACCUGCUGGGUUUUCUGGGCCUGGGUCCCCCACUUGGAAGUUGGGCAUUUCCCAUGGUGCUGAGUCAAGCCUGCCCCACAGCCCCACCUCCCCUACCUCUGACGUGGUGGGUGGGGUCCUGCCGGGGGGCCAGGCCAAGCUGCUGAGGGACUUGUUGCUUCCAGCCCCUGUGGGCACUCCCCAAGGCCAACCUCGUCCUCUUCAAACCCUGCAUGUCCAGCGGUCAUCCAGCUCCGGGCCUAAGCAUCUCACUGACUCGAGGCCACCCAGCCUCCUCCGCAUUAUUUAUUCCCACGGUCAGCCCUCCGGUCCUGGCCUGCUACCCGCUCUGCAGCAUCGUCUCCUGUCUGCAGUCCCAGGCCCCCUGUCCUGCCAGUCCACGUGUGGCCGCCGCCCAGUGGCCCUCAGCCCUGUGCCUGGCCUGCCUGUCUGUUACACUGGGUGGAAAGACAGACAGACUCCGCCCUGUGCCUGGCCUGCCUGUCUGUUACACUGGGUAGAUGGACGGGCCUUAUCUUGUGUGUCUCAGUGGCGUUUCAUGGAAAAUAGCUGAAUCCAAUAUCGGAUUUGUUUUUGUUCGUCUUUUUUUUAAUAAAACAGGAUGAAUUAGAAGUC